GCUUCAUGUUAUUCGGUCUCUUAAGUUUGAUGGGCAAAGAGAGGUUCUUGCUUAACUAAUAAUUUGCAGUGCAACUGUCAAAAGCUUAUUUUGUACAGCGUACGAAGUAUAUUAAUUGAAAAAUGAGUUUAUGGACAAGUACCCACGAGAGUGGCCAAUGCACCAUUUUCGCCUUCAACUAGCGACAGGUACCCUCUACAAUCAUGGAGGCUUAAAAGGAUUUGAGCGUUUGGGGGGGGAAAGGGGUUCUUCCCCUUUGCCGGAUGGUUUCGUUUGAAAGAAUUGAUUGAAGGUUGUCAGAAUUGUUGCCUUUGCGGAACACUUGAAAAUAAAACAGCACUCAAAACUGUAAAUUGAAAACAGAAGUAUAUAUUUCUAAACUUUUAUACUUUAUUUAUUGAUGCUGCAUAAAGUGCCAAAUGUGUUCUUCUACUAUGUUCUGCGUAUCGCAGUUUUCAAGCUGGAUUGAAAUGAACUGAAAAGGGGCAAUGUGGGGUUGCUAGCGUGCAGUGGGAUUUUAACACAAGCACAGUUCUAGCACCCUGCUGAUUUUCUGGCUCAGGUACCAUAUUUUUAUUACCAUAUUUCCCAGCGUAAGAGUUAGCCUCUUUUUCUGGAGAGGAUUAGUAGGGAUUACUAAAGCAUUGCUAGGAAAAAUCGGGGACUGACUCACUGAGGCAAUUCAGAAUGAGCCUGUUGCCCCCAGACUGCACAACCAAGUGCCGGUCUCUUCAGCACGCUCGGGAGGUCAUCUCUGCGCUGACCAAGGGCACAGAAAGCCAGCUCAAGGCCUUUCUCACAGCCCGUUGCCACAAUGCAGCCACGCUGAAGGAUGAGUUCGGCCGGACGGCCCUUCACUUUGCAGCUUCGCUCGGGCAAAAGUCCCUUCUGGACUGGCUCCUGGAGGUGAAAGGAGCAGACCUGCUGGCGAAGGACAAGGAAUCAGGAUGGACGGCCUUGCACAGGAGUGUGUUCUACGGCCACAUUCACUGCCUCAUGUCGCUCGUUAAGCAUGGAGGCUGUCUCAGUACUCAAGAUAAAGAAGGGCUUUCAGUUCUGGAUUUGGCUAUGAAAGAUAGACCAGCACACGUUGUUUUUAGAAAUUCUGAUCCCACUGAAGUGUAUACAUGGGGAAAUAAUACCAAUUUUACUCUGGGUCAUGGGAAUCAACAGAGUAAACAUCACCCUGAACCUGUGGAUUUGUUCUCAAGGACUGGUGUUUAUAUUAAACAGGUUGUGCUGUGUAAAUUCCACUCGGUUUUCUUGUCCCAGAAAGGCCAGGUGUAUACUUGUGGUCAUGGACAAGGAGGCCGUCUAGGCCAUGGAGAUGAGCAGACAUAUCUGGUUCCACGCAUGGUGGAGGGCCUAAUCAGCCAUCACUGUUCUCAAGUGGCUGCUGCCAAGGAUCACACUGUGGUGCUGACAGAAGACGGAUAUGUUUAUACUUUUGGGCUGAAUACCUUUCAUCAGCUUGGCAUUGUACCUCCUCCUUCGACAAGUAAUGUACCAAAGCAGGUUUUGUCCAAGGCUCUCAAAGGACGGACUGUUAUUGGUGUGGCAGCUGGCAGAUUCCAUACUGUGCUGUGGACAAAGGAGGCAGUGUACACUCUGGGACUCAACGGUGGUCAGCUUGGUUAUCUUUCGGACCCUAAUGGGGAAAGGUGUGUGACCGCUCCCCGUCAGGUGUCUGCAUUGCAUCACAAGGACGUCUCCCUCUCCAUGGCCGCAGCCAGCAACGGCGCCACCGUGUGUGUGACCGACAGGGGGGAUGUGUACCUGCUCACUGACUACCAGUGCAAGAAACUGGCUUCUAAGCAGUUCAACUUGAAGAAGGUGCUUGUAGCUGGGGGCUCUUUGGAUCACAGGGUGGAUCCCCAGACUCUGAAAGAGGGUGGAGGAGACAAGGUGUCAAUCCUAGCCCUGGAUGAAGCUGGAAGAGUCUUCUGCUGGAAAUCGUCUAGCAGCUGCCUGAAGCAGUGCAGAUGGGCUUAUGGGCGUCAGGUGUUCAUGUCUGAUGUAAGCCUUGGUAAAAAUGAAAUGAUGUUUAUCACUCAAGAAGGUGAAGGAUUUGCAGGGCACUGGGUGACAGACAGUAAGAAGAGCACAGCAAAGAGAGAUGAUGUUCUAGCCUCUGGAAGUGGUGCAGAGGUGUCCUGUCACUCCGACGGCAGUCAAGCAUAUGAGAGAAUUCAGCUAGAAAAACUUCCCCAUGUGCAUCGAGCUGUCAGUAUUACCAUGGAACCCAAAGGACGUAACUUUGGCCUGUUGCAGUCAGAUCCCAAGACCAGCCUGUAUGAAAUUCCUACCGUGUCGGCAUCGGCCUUCUCCAAAGACUUACAGGGGCUGCUUGAUGAAGCUGGUGAAACGGAUGACCUCCAUGAUGCAACUCUCCAAGUGGGCAACAGGACUUUCCCAGUGCACAAAUAUAUCCUCGCCAUGAGGUCUGACUUCUUUCGAAAACAGUUCUACCCUGAGUCAGACCGGGUUGAAUUGCCAGACAUUCUUCAAACCAGCGAGGAUGCGGUGGGGUGUGAGCUUUUUGUCAUGGAAAAAGUCCAUCCCGACAUGUUUGAACAGCUCUUACAGUUCAUCUACACUGACACCUGCAACAUGCUCUUCCACGGUUACAGAGCAAAGAUACCUCAGGAGGAGAGGUCAGAAGACCACCAGGAUACACUUAUUUCCACCUUGCAAAAGAUAAGCUUUAAUGAAGGGCUGAAAGGCAAAUCUGCCUAUGAGGUUUACAGGAGCUGUCAAGUCAAUGGCGAUGGAGAGAAACGGAAAAUCAAAGCAAAAAACAGCAAGAAGGGUAAAGAGGGCUGUGAGGAGGGCAACCCAGUAAAAACACUGCAAGCCAUGGCAAAGAAGUUUGGCAUCAUUGGCCUGUCUGCACGCUUGGAUGGAGUUAAGUUUGAAAAUGGAAAAAUCAACAUUUUACACAAGAAGGCUGGGAGCAGACUAAAAUUCAAUCAGAAGAAGUGCUCCUAUCUUUGUGAUGUUACUCUGAUGUCUGAGGAUGGGAAAGAGUUUCCAUGUCACAAGUGUGUGUUAUCUGCACGGCUAGAUUAUUUCCGCAGCAUGUUAGGCAGCUCCUGGAUUGAGGGCACUUCCUGUGCUGCUCUGGACAUGCCUAUCCAGUCGGAUAUCCUGCAGGUCAUCAUUGACUACAUCUACACAGAUGAAUCAGCAACAGUGAAAGAAUCCCUUAAUGUGGAGUUCCUGUGCAAUGUGCUUGUCGUGGCAGACCAGCUCCUCAUCACCCGUUUGAAGGAGAUGUGUGAAGUUGCAAUUACUGAGAAAUUAACACUAAAGAAUGCUGCAGAUCUUCUUGAGUUUGCUGCAAUGUACAACGCGGAUCAGUUGAAACUGUCUUGCUUGCAAUUCAUAGUGUUGAACAUGGCAGCAUUAUUGGAAUCAAGAGCCCUUGAUGUCCUUAGUGAUGAGGUUUUGGUGGAGCUGUCUGUGGCCUAUAGGAAGUUGAUUCCUGCCAUGCAGAGGAGAGUGAUCACUCCUUACCCUGAUGGGCCAGACCUUAGCUCCUUUGAGACAGAUGACUGGGAAACCUUGUUGUGCAGUAAACAAGACACGGAUAUGGAUCAAGCAUCCAGAGAAACCCUGUUAAAGAAAGUCAAAAUGAAGGCCAAGAAGAAGCCAAGAAAACGAUCUGACAGCUCUGGAGGUUAUAACCUGUCUGACAUCAUUCAGAGCCCACCUUGUGCAGGUUUAGGGAAGACUGAUAAGACAAAUUCCAUUGAGUCACUUCAGGAGCUCCUGACGUCAGACUCGGAGGGUAGCUAUGGAGCUGGCAGUCCAAGAGAUCUGCAAUCACCUGUGUUCAUGCUGGGACUUGGUCAUGAUAAAUCUGAGAUGGAAGAGAAAUCUCAAAUAUUGAGAACAAAAAGUCCACCACCAAUUCCAGAAGUGAAAAAUGAGAAACCUUCUCUUUCUAAGACAUCUACUCCACGGCCUAUCCCAAGACCAAUAUCUAGCCCGGCCAGCCCUCCUGUUCUGGACCUCAGAGCCAUCAUGGAAAUGGAAGAAAAUAUACAAAACCGUGGGGCCACUCCCAAAAGUCCUUCAGCGAGCAUCACUAAACUGCCAGCACAUGCGAUGAAACUUUCCCAAAAGCAACGAAAAAUGAUGGCCAUGACUGCUAGGGAAGGCAGUAUGGAGCACACCACCGUGAAAGUGUCUCCAUCAUCUGUUCCUACAAAGACUGGAGCUGCGUGGGCAACUCCACUGCACACUACACCUUCCUACACUUCUUUCCGUGAUCUCCUGAUGGAAGAGGAGAAGAGUGUAAAAGCUGCAUGUGCUUCAUCUUCAGUUAUAAAGAGGGUGUCUUUUAAGGCCAGUGAGCAGGAUGAACAUGAGAAGCUAUCAGGGUGGUCUGCCAAAGGAAGCAUGAGUUCUGGUGACCACAGUAUUACAGGACAACAAGCUGAAAAUCUCAACCCCUGGGUGAUGCCUGUGGUGGGCAGCCCACCAGCAGUACCUCCUGUGACAUUUGCCUCCAUACUUGAGGAAGAACGGCAGCAAGAAGCUGCACUUAUCAGGAGCAGAGAAAAGCCCUUGGCCUUGAUCCAGAUUGAAGAACGUGCUAUUCAAGAUUUGCUUAUCCACUACAAGGCUUUGAACAACCCAGACGAGUUCAUUGUCGUUGAAAGAACCUCACAAGGCCCAAUAGCAACUCCGAUGUGGAACAAACACUGAGUUUUGUAACAAAAAUACACCAACUAUCAACAUGUAUUUGAACAUGUGUAAUGCAUCUCAAACACCUGAUACAGGUUUUUCAUUUGUAUAACUGUCUUUAUAUGCUUGCAUUUAUUUUUGCAUCUGCAUAAAAUGGACAUCAUACACAUGAUUAAAUCAUAUUUUAGCCCUUGUGCCCUUGAGAGACUGGGCAGAAAAUGCAGGGUGUGAAAUAAUGAUAAUGAAACAUUGUCCAUUCUGAAACUGGUACGAUUGCUCAGUAUUGUUUACAUGCAUAUGUAAUAUUAGUUAAAAGUAUAUAUUUUUAGAAAAGGAAUUUAAUUUUUUCUUUAGAAUGCGGAAUCAUUAACAGCAGCCUAGAGAUAAGAAAUGACAAGAUAAGGUGUGUGCCUGCACACCCCUUCCCCUUCUCUUUCUCUGUCAGUGACGAACACGAAGGGCCUUGCUGGAGUAUGAAUAAAAGCAGCUGUGUGAUCAGCUAUGAUUAACAGAAGGGCGUUCACACAUCAACAGUUUGGGAUGUCGGAUUCGUUGAGUUAUGCAAUCUUUAGCUUGUAGAUCUGGAGUUGAUGUGUUCGUUGUAUAUUCUUUUUGAAAGAGAGCUAAGCUUAGGUGUGUAUGAAAGAGAGUGCCCUAUUAUGCAGUUGCUCUGCAAAGACUCCAGCCUCCAGAGAGAAGCAAUAAAGAAUACAUCUGUGUAAUAAACAGUCUUAUCAGAUCUCUUUAGUGCGGUAAUGGUUGUAUUCAUUUAAGAUUUUUCAAGUGUACUGAUGAGCAAUUUUUGUUGCUGUCAGCAUAUUGGAGACUUUUAGGUUUUGUGGUUUCCUAAUCAUCUUCGCUUUUGUCAGAUCUUCUGUCUUCUGAAAUAUUUUUGUGGUCUUUUUGGACUAUUCACGAUGCAAUGUCAAAGUUAGAAAAGUAGCUUAUUAUUAAUACUUUUUUUUUGCUAGUAUUAUCCUUUAAUUAAUUUUCAUUAUACUAGUUAUAGAAAAUGCCAUGCUAUGCUAUGGCUAAACAUGAUUUAUUUAAGUGUUUUGGUAGGGAAUACAGUAUGUUUUACUUCACCACUGUCCAUUAUUAUUUUUGCAUCUGAGAGGGUGAAAAAAUCCAGGAAGGACUGGUAAGAUCUGUUUCCUGACCGGUUGUGGGCUCUGGUUCCUGGUGUUGACACUACUGCUGUGCCCUUGGGCAAAGUAUAUUACCCAAAUUGUUCUAAUUUGGACCAGAAUUAUGUAAUACACUGGUAGUUGUAACUUAUUUAUGUUGCUCUGGACAAAAGCAUCAGGCAAAUACUUAAAAUGGAAUAAAAGAAAAAAUGGUUUCAAUAAAGAAAAGUGAACCUA